UCAGCCCCGAGUCUCGCACCGAAACCUACCCCUCUACACCAAGAAAUUUGACAUCUUCUGGCUCUCUAACUGAUUCUGGAUCAGUGACGAGGGAAACCAAGGAGUCCGUCAAGAAGCGCCCGUGAGAGACAAAGUCGCACUGGCACGCGCGUCAAGUCCGCAAUGGACCGACGACCCAUAGGGCCUGGAGGUAGCCGCUACCCCCCACCUGAGCAAGCGUAUCGAGGUCGUGGUCGAGGGCAUCCAAAUGGUGACCGUGGCCCAAAUGGCGGGUACAGGAACUCGAAUGGUGAUCGCGGUGGCUCGAACUUCGGCCGCGGAGGGCCGCCACCUGCGUCGAGCAGCAGGAGUUUCGGGAAUGGUCGUGGAAGAGGCUUUCACAACAAUGGCUACGACCAAAGCUAUCAUGCUGCAGCCGGACAACGUCGUAAUGAUACAAGAGAGGCCAGUGCGCGAGACGACGAUCGCACGAGAAAGGUUUCCCCUGUCGCGCCGAACGAGCAGUUCCGCGUCCUCACCAACCACUUCGAGAUCACCAGGAUACCGUCGAAGGUCUUCAUUCCAUACGAUGGUACUUUCUCCCCCGAAGUCAAAGAGUUGCACAAACGUCACGCGCUCUUCCACAACCUACGCAGUGAAGUUGCUCCCAACGUCUUUCCCAAGCACGGCAUCUAUGACGGAAGAGCCCAAUUUUGGACGUGUACUUCCGUCCGGCUCGUCAACGGGACACAACAGCAGAUCACGAGAAAUAGAGCUGCAGGCCAGUAUCCACGGCAUCGCGCUGAGGGUCGGAUACUUCCAAUCCGUGCGACCGACCGUUGGCCGUUUGCUCGUGAACGUCGAUCAGGCGCUGGCGGCCUUCUAUGCAUCGGGACCUCUGAUUGACGUGUCCAAGAAAGUCCUUGGCCAAGCAGACGUAUCCGGACGUGCUUCCGCUGACCGUGCCCUUCUUUCACGACACUUUCGUAAGGUCAAGGUCAAUGUACCUGCUCUCGCGAGAGCGAAGUCUACCCGCCAGCACAUCCGUCAAAUACAUGACAUCGUCCCAAAGGCGGGGUAUCUCACAUUCGACCUAAAUGGCAAAUUGACCUCGGUCAAGGAUUACUUCGCGCAGACGCAUUCGAUCACGCUCAUCCAUCCGGACUACUUCGGCGUUGUCGUGUCUCCUCGCAAUAGCAAGAUGCAGGUUGUCAUACCUGCAGAGCUCUGCGUCGUAUGCGAGGACCAGUUCUACCAGAGGAGACUGACGGAAGCCUUGACGACCAAAGCGCUGGAGUUGUCGAAGAAGAAACCCUAUGAACGCCAGCAAUAUAUUUGCGGCAUGGACUAUCGCGACAAGAAGAUGGACUUGCAAACGCCGCUAUCCUCGUACAAGGAAUCCCCGUAUAUCUUGGAGGCGGGCAUGACAAUUUCUUCCCAAAUGGCGGAAGUCGAGGGAAAGCAGCUUGCGCCUCCAACCCUCCUGUUCAACGGGCGCCAGGAGGCACCGAGGAAUGGGUCCUGGAACUUCAACAGCAAGCAGACGCACAAGCCGGCGCGAAUAGACCAUUUCAUCUUCAUCAAUUUUGCCCGCGUCGAGAGAGGUUUUGACCAAGAGGAUUUCCCAAAGGUAUCCAGCGGGAUACAGAGAGCGUGCAGCGAUAUCGGCAUCGGUGAAUACACGCGUGAAUAUUCCGGAAAUAUGGCCAAUGUGGAAUCCAUCUUGGAGACCGCUUUCGCGGAUAUCCCUCUGGACAAGAUCAUGGACAACGUUUCGCCCGAGGAUAGGAAGAAGGCGCCGGCACCUAAACCAGAAGAUCACGACGUUGACGUGAAAGGGGACCCUAUCUUCAACUUCAGCAGAUACCGGGAGCGCUGCCUUACGCAACACCCGGCGCAAAUUUUCGCACUGGCGCGACACAGGACGAUAUUCCUGGUCUUGCUCCCAGAGAAUGCGCAGCCCCAGUACGAUGCUAUCAAGCAUUGGGGGGACAUCGUUCGCGGGGUUACGACGCAAUGCAUAUGCAUGUCUGGCGUGCGGAAAUGGUAUCCUAAUCGUUCUAUGAACGACCGCUUCGCCAAGAAUGUCGCUAUCAAGAUCAAUGUCCGUCUCGGUGGCAUCAACUGGCAGCCCAAUCCUAUUGCCCUAACUUCGUUCGACAGCGGUUUUCCGCUCAUCAUAGGUGCUGAUGUCGGUCACCCGGGUCCUAAUCAGCUCCGUCCUUCGAUUGCCAGCGUCGUCUUCUCGCGCGACAAGGACGCCAUGCAGUACGACGCGCUGACUUUCGCACAACCUCCCCGCCUCGAGAUGGUCGAACAGCUGCGGGGCAAGGUGUUGACAGCCCUUCGACAAUUCCUCGCGCACAACAACCCCAAUGUGGCGUCCAAAGGCGUGCAGAUUGUACCAACGUCUGUUGUCUUCUAUAGGGACGGGCUGAGCGAGGGACAGUUUGAGGUCUUCGCCCGACAAGAGAUCGCAGAGGUUGAACAGGGCAUUUCGGAUGCUUGGUCUAUGCCGUUGCCUCAGGAUCAACAAAGCAAAGAGCUCCAGCUUCCGCCUUCGACACUGACAAGUCUUUGCGUGCCACGUCCACCUUUGACGUACAUAGUUGUGACCAAACGCCACCACGUCAGGUUCUUUGCGACCGAAGAUGGGCAGAAGGUCGACUUGCGCAACGGCAACUUACGCGCUGGUUUUGCGACAACCAGUGGCAUUGAUAACCCUUACUACCACGACUUCUACCUGCAAAGUCAUCACGCUCUGCAAGGCACUGCUCGUCCUGCGCACUAUACCGUGCUGCAAGACAGAAUACUCGACAACAGCGCCCAACGCGAAGCGCAUGCAGACCGCCUGGACCUCAUCCGCGGCAUGUCCUUCUAUCUGUGCCACGCAUACUCGAGGGCGACGACGUCUGUCUCUAUACCGGCGCCAGUCUACUAUGCCGAUGCACGUAUCCUUCAUCUUUCAUGGCAAGCGCACGCUAACGACGUUCAACAGAUCGCAUGUCGCCGCGGUAAUAUCCACCUCGACGUCUCUCUGCGGUACGGUGGGGACCCAUUCUCGGAUGAUAGCAGCGAUAUCAGCGAAGCAGCCAUCGAGCUCAAGAUCCAAAACUGGUGCCAGAGCUUCAGGAGGAUCUUCAAUGGGCAUUCCCCGAUGUACUUCAUAUGA